UAUAAAAGGUGUGCGUAUAUCAAGAGUACCAGUGAUGCUCUCUCCGGGUCAGAGCUUCAUUAACAAUUUCUUGGCAUUUUUCUCUUAUUUGGUUCAACAUUGGUCCCAUUUCUGCUUCCCCAAGCCAAAUAUGAGCUUCCUUCUUGUGUCUGCAUGUGAUUGUGAGGUAGCAUAGGGUAAGAAGAUUUGGUGGAGAAAGGUUACACCUUGUGAAUUUGUGACUCGAGGACGUUUGAGAACUCAAAGUGACUAGAAAAAUAUGGAGAAGAAAAUGAGACAGCUGUGUCCUAUUUCUGAUCCAGACACAACAUAUUUUCUGCAAAUAACUUGGUGCAAAGAUCUGGGUAUGGGUUUUGAUCUUAUACUAAGUGAUGGCCAAUCAUCUUGGACUGGAAGAGUGUCUGAAGAAAAGAUUUCCAGAGAGGCUGCUGACAUGGAAAUGAAACAAGAAAAGUAUGUAGAAGAACUUAAAAAAGUACUGUUGUUUGACCAGUUCUCAGAUACAUACCGUUUUGAUAUUUCUAAAAAAGAAAUAAAUGGAGAAUCAAUUCAUUUUUCAUAUGAAAAGAAUUUGAAAGAUGUUACUUUUAGACUUGGAUCAUUGAAAUUACAAAGAGUUACAAACUCACCUGAAGUCAUUAGAGAGUUGAUUAUCCAUUGCCUAGAUUGUGUAAAAGAACUACAUGCCAAAAAUGAUCACCUACAAAAAGAGAAUGAAAGGCUUCUGAAUAAUCUGGGUGACAUGCAAGAACAAUUACAAAAAUGUGUUGAAGCUAAAGAAGAACUGGAAACUGAUCUUUAUAAGCGAUUUGUCUUGGUCCUCAAUGAAAAGAAAACAAAGAUAAGAAGUUUACUGAAACAUUUAAAAGAAGUCAAAGAAAUUGUACCAGAAACUGCACAAGCAAGGGACACAGUAAUUGCUUCAAAAAGUACAGUUGAAAAAGAAAAUUAUGAAGGAAGCACUGAUGAAGAAAGUGAAAAUUUGAUACAACUGACAACAUCAGAGUCAAUCAAACCCAGAAGAGAUCCAUUACUUGGUAGUCCAGAUAUUACUGAUAUAGUUCCAAGUAGAAAAAGAAGACAACUGACUUCAAAAAAUGGAAACACUAAACCAAAGGUGACAUUACAAGAAGCUCAAACUACUUCAAAAGAAACACUACAUUCUGCUCCAUCAAAAUCAACGGAGAGGGAGCUGACCUUGAAAAAGGCAGAGGAAGAGAAAAGCACAGGUGACCCUGAAGACUUGUUUGAUGAUAUAUGACUUUUCUGGAAGAAGGAUGCGAUUUUACUACAAGCUGCUAAAAAUACAAUCAUUAUCUCUUUCAAAGAAACUGUUUUACAUGUAGCAGUGGAAGGAGUUAUUUGACUGUAAAAUAAUAUUCAACUAAUGUUUUAUCUUUUGCUAAUAAAGGUUGUACCCAUGAAUCACUAACAGUCAAUACUUUCCAUUGAAGGCAUUACAGACUUCAGGAAGUUAAUCUGUCUCCAGUUCAUGUGAGUAAGAAAAGUUAAUUUAUCCUCAGGAUUAGGAAGGACAAUUACUAGACCAUCAAAAUGGCAGCAGUGAAAACUGGGAAGAAAGAUGAAAGGCUGCGACUCAAGACUUCAGGCAGAAAGGUGUCUUAAAAUUGUCUAUAGUGGAUUUAUGAUUAACGAAAAUAUUUCCUAUAUUAAGAACAGAUACAGUGUCUAAUCCAUUUGACAAAUAUUUUCCUUCUGUUUGAUCAUAGCUUUUAAAUGUCCAAAAUGAAGUCUCUUGCUGCAAAGUUAUUUUCAGGCCUUUACUCCAUUUCCUGCUCAGUAAUGGUCCCUAGCGACCAUUGUUUUGAGAACAAAAGCAGUGACCCACAACUUCUACCAGCACACUUGGAAUAUCAAAAGCAAGGGUUUCUAUGACAUCUUGGAGAUAAGGCAAUCUGUUGUACAUUGUUUUACAUUUUGAAUUGGAGAAUUCUUAUACAUAAAUAAUUGAACAAUUCAGUAAUUACCAUAUUGCCAUAAUAUGCCAGUUUGUCCCCAGUCUUAUAUCUGGGCAUAUUGAAUUAAAACUUCCAGAACUUUCAGCCAAUGAAGGAAUUCUGCCAGUUUUAAAUCUAGGAGAUUGGGGAAAGUCUGCACAAAACUUUGAAAAAUGCUAUGAUAAUAGAUUAGUUAUUAAAAUGGUGAAUUAAGAUUGAAAAUAUUCACGUUCUAUUUUCAGCUAUCAAAUAUCACUACUGAACAACUUUAAUAGCCACUACCUUUCAGCGAACUACACAGGAUUGUUAUGGAUUAAAAAAAAAGAUGAAAGUCUGCUAUAUGUAUUAUCUUGAUAUGGAGCAAAAGUAGGAUUAUAAACUGAUGAAUAAGAAAAUGGGCACAUAUGUAUGCUGUGGGGACCCUGGGAAGCACAUGACAACAUGUACUUAAUGAUGUCAUCUUGGUUAAUGGCAUUUGUUCAGCAACCUUUCAAAGUUACAAUGACACUGUAUGAAGAGACUUAUGGCUAGUCCUUGAAAUUGCAUUGCAACAUCUCUGUAGUUACAUUAUUUUGAUUUAAGCACUUAACAGCAACUAAUUCACAAUUAUGAGAGUUGCCUCUUGUCACUGUCAUGUGCUGACCAUUUGCAACCUUCACUGUCAGCUUCUGACAGUCAAUGGGAAAGCUGGCAGGAGAUUGUCCAUGGUAAUCACAUGAUGCUACACCAAAUUACCUGUGGCAUUUGCCUAAUGGUUACAACUGAAAUUUAUGAAUGAAGGCAAAUGUACGUAUCCCAGGAUCUCUCAUUCUGGUGAGAGAGAAGCUUCUUGAGGAUGGGCUCCAGCACAAGUCUGAAAGCUCGGAGACUAAACCUCUGAUUCCAGUGACCAACCUAGAUUGGGUUCUACAAGAACUGAAAUUGCCGGAACAGCUAUUAUUAAGAUGAUACAGUCAUGUGACAUUACAUUUUACAGUCAUGUUGGUUAGCAACAGAGCUUCCAAUCCCAACUAGCUAAUUGACAACUUACUUCAGACCUCAUAGCCCAUGUAUGUAAUUAAAUCAUUUGAACAAUGAUGAUAUCACACCCAUGCCAUUUGAUGUCAACACAGUUUAUUAAAGACAUCACUAGGAACACAGGCCAAGUUAGAAAUGUAGAAAGCCAUUAGAAGCCAGAUUGCACUGAGCUGAACCUAUCUUUUAUUCUGUGAUCUUAUAUUUUUUCAAUCUGAAGGGUAUUUUUCUGCUUGUUUUCCCCACUACUACAAAGUAUGUGACCUUUGAAAAAUUGCCUUGAAAUUUCAUAUAAACACAACCACUUGAUGUUUUAUUUGUACAAGUAUUGUACUAUGGAAAUGAUCCUAGUGUUAAGGAUUUAUGUAAAGUACUCCUAUAAGAAAUAAUUUUAGGUCAUUUCAAUACUUUCUUAAUUACAGAAUAUCUGAAUACUCUGUUCAGCAUAUAAUUCUGGUUAUGCCUACUGAACCUGUAUCUUCUGUUGGAUAAAACUUUUGUGUUAUUGUUUUAGUUUUUGCUCUAGAAGCCUUGAAUUUCUAUUCUCCUUCCCCCCCAACUAAGCUUGUACAAUCUUUCUUUUAAUAAGACAAUUAAAAUACAGUUUUAAGUAUUAGCUUUGUUUUAAAGGUAACCUGGAAAUAGUCCUCAAUGGAGCUAGCAGUUUUUAAAAAUUUCUGGAAUGCUGAAAGCAGUUAAUUUGAAAGAACCAUCCAUGAGAAUAAAAUAUUGUCUGCAAACAAUUGCAUUGUUUUGGUUUUUUUGAUAGAAAGGACAGAAUCAAAAUAACUCGUACAUCUUACAAUUUUCCUCAAAAGAAGUCUCUUGGAACAAAAAAAAGUGUAGCGAGGAAGUCAGCCAUUUGGCUAUUAUUAUUGCCUACCUGGAGGAAGGGAAAAAGAUGAUCCUAUGAAUAUGAAAAAAAGAGGAAAAUGGAGUAGUUAAGAGAACUGGCUUGGUCACAUGAUUGUAAGAGGUUUCCCAGAUACCAGGCACAAUUUAAGCUGCAAUAAGUCUUUUUAUUGUACUACAUACAAAUGUGGUAUUCUUCUAACAACAUAAAACUCUGUGUUGUAAAAAGAGCAUUAUUUAAUCCGUGAGAUUACUGUUUUGUUAUGAAAUGUAAACUCCAACUAGUAGUAAAGAGGUAAUUAUCCCAUUUCUAGAAUUCUAAUCUGGUAGAUUACAGGUCAGGGGUAGUUGGAUCCAACUAGUAGGGCACUAUAAAGUACUGCCCAGUUUCAGGACAAAGAGGACCUAGAGAAGCUAUAAAUCAGCUUUUGUAGUAUCUUUUUAGUAGCUGUGUUAAGGAAAGUUUGCAGAGAAUGCUUUCUUACUUUGAAAUAUUUUCAGUUUUCCCAAGAUGGCUGUCAAUAAUAAAAUCUCAUACCAAACCAAAUAAAUUAAAGUACUAAAUAAAUAAAUUAUAUUCAGUUGCUUAUGUGUGUAAUUUGUAACUGUAUGUAUUCAUGGUUUUAAUUAUUAGGACCUGUUUGCCAUCCAGACUCACUUUGAGAUAAGUAAGUAUAGAAAUGGAAUAAAUAAAUAAAUUCUACAAACAAUCGUUAUAUCAACCUCAUUCAAUGUCAUUUCCCCCAGAUUCCUUUGAGCUAAAGUUUUCUGACAAAGCUGUUCUAGGACAAGGAAUUCUGGGAGUUGUCCCAAAACAUUUCUGGGAUAGUUUUUGGGAAAGGUUGCACUAGGAGCUGAUUUCAGAAUUUCCAAGCAUGAUUGGACUACAAUCUCUAAAUUUUAAAAUGCACUGCAGAAACCAUCUUGCAAUCCUGAAUAAGCAAUUUUGAAGAUGCCCUUGGGGAGAAAUCUGGAUCUACAUGUUUUUGAACAUUGAAUUUGACUAACUACCAUACAUAAUACUUUUCUGGAAAUUGAAAGGAAAUUAUUUUUCUGAAUAAUCUCGGGUACAAACGCUAAUUCAAUCAAAAAGAGUAAAAGGAAUUUAAACCCAGAUUCUGCUUUUGGAACAAAACUCUUGAAUCUAUGAACUAAUAACCCAUUGUAAUGAUACACGUCCGAAUGUUUUUCUUGACCUUAAAUAAUUGUUUCGUUUCUAGAAUCAAAAAGACGUUUCCAGGAAACUUUAUGUUCUGGUGCCAUUAAACUUUCUGUAAUUAAGCACUGGAUGUUUGGUGAUGACUGUUGGAGUUGCCUAGUAACAUCAGCAAUGCAGUGAUUCCCCUUUCACUCUAUCAUAGAAAAAUGAGCACUGGGAAACGGCAUAGAAAAUACACUGCAGAAUCUGGAUACAUUCAGCAAGAAGGGUCAAUAUGCCAGAUGAUGCAUCAUGGAGUUCCUUAACUGACAAACAGAGGAUGCUACUAGUUAAUGAAAUCAUAGGCUGUGUGUCUAGACAUACUCAAGUACAUAUGCAAGAAUAAUAAAUGUUGAAGAUCAGCCUUCCUCUAACCUUUAGCUGUUUGAGAGUGCAGCUCCCAUCAUUUUCAGAUAGCAAAGUAAUUGGUGGAAUGAUAAUUCAAUGUAUCUGGCUUGUACCACAUUGGGACAGCUUUUGUAACAGGAAGAAGAAAUGGCAGGA